AUGGGGCGGGACCGCAGCAGAGGGCAGAUGGUUUCAGAGCAGUUCCAGGGAAGUUUCAGUACCACUUCCGUCGCUCCUUGUCUCCUCCCUUCACCCCUGCAAUGCGUGCGCUAUAGCUUUAAGGCGCGGGCAGGGUCCUCUGGGCAGUGGCACAACACCUGGAGCGGCACAGAGCCAGAGCAACCCCAGCGACUCAGCCGGACUCAGUGGCCUUGCAGGCGGAUCCCAGGAGAGGUGGGGCGGGCUGCGCCCCUCGAGACCGAGUUGGGGGACCCUGCUGCAGUUGACCAAGAUCCUGGUCACCUCAGGAUCCUGGCGACCCUUAGCCGGCACCGGACGCUAAUGCCUGCUAGCGGCCCCUGUAGUCAGAGACCACCGCCAGAGGUUGGCGCCGCCCUCGAGGUUGACAGUCACCAUGACUUAAUUCCCUCAGAUAGACGACGUCUGAGAGCCGGCCUCACAAUGUCUGCGUCCCAGAUGCGUGACCGGGGCCACGUGGUCUCCACUCUCCGUUAUUGCAUGAUGGUCAGUGGCAUUGUGAUUUUGGUGGUCGGGAUGCUCUGCUUUGCUUGGUGGAGUGAAGGGGAUGCCAGGACCCACCCUAGUCUGCUGGCCUCGCCCACUGGACACCCUGCACCCAAGGCUUCCAGCUCUCUGCUCAGCUCGGUCAGUUUCUUCUUCUGUGGUGCAGGUGGCCUGCUGCUGCUCCUUGGCCUACUGUGGUCUGUGAAGGCCAGAACCCGGGGACCACUCCAAUGGGACCCAUACCACGUAUCCAGAGACCAGCAGUACCUCAGUGUGGAGACCUUGGAGAAGACGAGCUUCAGGGCGUCAAAGGUGGUUCUCCUCCCCACUUACCAGGAGGCUGUGUGCUACCCACUGACCCUGGCUGAGGGGGCCCCGACACCCCCUGCAUACCCCACAGAGCAAGAUCUGAAGUACAGUGCCUCAGGGGAUACCCCACCUGGUACCCAGCCCCCCAGGGCUCCGCCCAGUUAUGAGAGCAUUACCCUUGAUGCCAUUGCUGGAGAGAACACACCUGGGCCUGCACCCUCCCACCCAAGCCUGUUUGUUCAGGCUCCUCACAGGCCCUGA